CAAAGGAAUUUAUUGCGGAAGACAUUAAUUGGUCCGAUUUUACUGCUUCUCAAAUUACUUCAUCAGAAAGUAAAGAAGAAGAAGCAGCAUUAAGAUUAGAGUUGAAAGGUGGUGAUUAUGAUCGCUAUCUUUCUGUUCCUGAUUCCAUUCGGAAUAUAAGCGAAAAAGAUAAUGUAGUGAAUCAAUUCGAAUCAGUACAAAUAUUAAUCGGGCAAAAUCCCUCCUAUGCUCUAAGUGAAAAAAAAGUUUUCUACGAAACAUUGGUCAGAAGCUUGAAACCUUUGAUUGAAACUAAAACAAAUUCGUAA